AUGAUCCGUCGCGUUCUCUUGUCACUCGCUUUACAGUGCAUGGUCACCGGGACCAUUGCCAACCCGGACACUCUUUCGCACAACUAUGACGAGCGCGGCCUGUUUGGUGAACCGGAAUUCGAUUACGUGGUCGUUGGUGGCGGUACAGGUGGAAACACUAUUGCAACUCGACUGGCGCAGAAGAAUUUCAAGGUGGCAGUGAUCGAGGCUGGAGGAUCAUAUGAACUCGAGUCGGUGGCCGAGGUGCCUGCUGCGGACGUGCUACCAGUUGGAUCGGACCCAGAAACCGCUGCUGCUCACGACUGGGGAUUCGUCGCAGAGAAUGUUCCUGGUGCGAAUGGCCGGUCCAUUCACUAUGCUCGGGGGAAAUGCUGGGGUGGAUCCUCCGCGAUGAACUUUAUGAUUUAUCAACGGCCAACCAUCGAGUCCAUGGAGCAAUGGGCCACUGCCGUCAAUGACAGCAGCUACACCUUCGACCAGACGCUGCCCUUCUACAAGACCAGCGUGAAAUUCACUCCCCCCAACACUCAAAUCCGGGCCAAGAAUGCCAGCGCUGGCUAUGAUGCCAGCGCGUAUGAAUCCACUGGUGGUCCGCUGAAGGUGUCAUACGCGAACUACGCAAUGCCCUUCUCGACAUGGAUGGACCUUGGCAUGAAAGCCAUUGGCAUUAACGAGACGCAGGACUUCAACCUUGGCUCUUUGAUGGGCGGCCAGUACUGCGCAUCGACCAUUGACCCCAGCGGCGAGAUCCGGAGUAGUUCCGAGGAGUCAUUCCUUGCGAACAAACCGUCCACACUGACCACGUACGCAAACACCCUCGCCAAGAAGAUCAUCUUCAACAACCAGAAACAGGCGACCGGCGUGCAGGUCAAGGGCUCCGGAGGUAAUAUUUUCACCGUCAAGGCGAACCGCGAAGUCAUCGUCUCCGCGGGUGCCUUCCAGUCUCCCCAGCUGCUCAUGGUGUCUGGAGUUGGUCCGCAAGACCAGCUCGAGGAACACGGCAUUCAGGUUGUAGCUAACCGUCCAGGCGUGGGUCAGAACAUGUGGGAUCACCCGUUUUUUGCGCCUUCGUAUCGUGUCAACGUGCAGACCUUCACCGCGAUCGCCAAUGACUUCCUAGGUAUUGUCGGCCAGUUCAUCAACAUGGUCGGCUUCGGCAACGGCCCACUAACCAACCCUAUCUCGGACUACCUUGCCUGGGAGAAGAUCCCGGCGGCCCUGCGUAGUGCAUUCAGCAGCCAGACUACCAAACAACUGGCUUCCUUCCCGAGUGAUUGGCCUGAGGCGGAGGUAUGUGUUACUUUUUGCAUGUAUGCAUCAUACUACAGACAAGCUAAUGCAGUACAGUACAUCUCCGGUGCCGGAUACAUGGGCAACGUGUCCAACCUUCUCACUAACCAGCCCCAAGACGGGUACCAGUACGCCUCCAUGCUGGCGGUGCUCAUCACCCCGACCUCCCGCGGCAACAUUACGCUUCGCUCGGCUGACACCGAUGACCUCCCCGUCAUCAAUCCCAACUGGCUCGCCACCCAAUCCGACCAGGAGGUCGCCAUCGCCAUGUUCAAGCGUGUUCGCGCGGCCUUCCAAAGCAAGGCCAUGGCGCCAGUCAUCAUUGGCAAGGAGUAUAACCCCGGUCUGGAGGUACAGUCGGACGAGCAGAUCCUCCAGUGGAUCAAGGAUAACGUCAUGACGCUCUGGCAUGCCGCCUGUACGUGCAAGAUGGGCACGUCUGACGAUGAGAUGGCGGUGGUGGAUAGUCAGGCUAGGGUGUAUGGAGUCCAGGGUGUGAGAGUCGUGGAUGCGUCUGCAUUCCCGUUUUUGCCGCCGGGACACCCUCAGUCUACCGUCUAUAUGCUUGCGGAGAAGAUCGCCAACGCAAUUAUCAACGGGGCAUGA